GUUCUAUUCUAACUGUCACACCUAUUCCUGUCGAGUAUUUAAAACAAAUCCCUCUUAAUCAUCUUAAUCAAGUAUUGAAAGAAACGACACCCGAACCUGACUUUAAUGUUUUCGAAGAAGAGUGCUAUAUUACAAACCUUAAGAGAUUGCAAAAUAAGAUCAAUAGAUUAGAUCAUAAUACGGAUAAGAUCGAUCUGACCCCUGAAUAUUAUAAUGGCCUUGAAACUGCGAUUAGCUAUAUUACAAAUAGAAUCAAACAACCCUUGGAUCCCUCAUUUGAAGAAAUUUUUGAUCUGGAUACCCUAACACAAGAGCCGGUGGUUCCACGUAAUCUUAUUGACAGAUCAUGGAAUAUUAAGUAUCCAGAAGUCUAUUGGGGUGUACAUUAUGAUUUACUGAGGCAUGAACUUGUAGAACCUCUUAAAAAAGCAAGUGCAGCAUUUCACGCUACUUCCCAUUCAGCCUCACCUGGUAGACCUUUUAAUAAAUUCAACCCAAGUCGAAAAGUUGAUUGGUAUUCAGGUCAACAUUUGAUGUAUGGAACCUAUGUUCUGCUGUUCAAAGUCGAUCCCAAAUCUAAAUGUGUCGAUGAAUCAUCUUUAACUUUUGCGACUGUAGAAGACUUUGAUAUUGAUAGCCUUGUUACAACUAAAGGUGAAUGUUAUAUUGGAUUAAAUUUCGACAUUGAUCGUUUUAAAAGGUUAGAUUUAGGUGGAAGAUACUUUAUGUUCGAGUCACCGGUUCAAUAUCGUUACGUGAAGUCAUGUCUUCAAUGGUUAGCCUCAAAGGAAAUGGACAAUUUGACUGAAAUACCAUUGAGACAAGAAAUUUUUGGUAUUGGUAUAACUCAGUCGUCAGAUUUUAUUCCACAUUAUUUAAAAAAGUGUACAUUGGAUCUUGCUCCGAUCCUUUCAAACGAUAAACACUUUCAUAUUGUAAUUGGACAGGAUAAAUGGCCACAAUAUGAAGGAGCGAACGGAGCUUCGUCAUAUAAUGUUGAAAAAUCUAUAAAAGAUGCACUUGAACAUAUUAUAUAUUCCAAGGUAGCCGUUAUUCAGGCGCCUUCUGUUACCUCAAAAUCUAUUCUAAUUUUAAAGGCCACACAGCUCAUUACUCAAACUUUCGGACGACGUCAUUUACCAAGUCCAAUAAUUAUUCUGACCAGGACUUCCUUCGUACUUGAUAAAAUACUCGAAGAACUUCUUCCAUUAUAUCCACAACUAGUGCGACUAGGUUCAUCCGAGUGUAAAAAUCCUCUUCUGGCCAGUAGACAGAUAAAUAAUGUGUCCAAAGAAAGACUCCGGGCUCGUAAUCAGUUAGGGUUACAAAAAGUACAGAAACACGAGUGGCUUAAAUUGAAAGGAAAAUUGAAUGAUAUUAGUAACGAUAUAAGGUGUCACUCGAUUCAAAGAUUAAAGUGCUUGUCAGAUGAAGAAUUUAUUAGGAAUGCACCAAUUAAUUUUAGAUCCCAAUUAACUGACAAAAACUUCGAUAGCGAAGCAUCACUGCGAUCUGAAGAACUGAAAGCAUAUAGGGAAUGGAUACAAGAAUGUGAACCUUCUCUGGAUGCAUUAUCUGGUGUAAAUCAAGAUAUGAUCAAUAAAUUCAAGGAAUCAUAUUUAUUUAGCAAUAGCUUUGAUGAUGAAGACGAAGAUAUCGUCCAAAUAUUGUCCGAAAACGAAAAAGAUUUACUGAAUCUUGUCACUGAGGAUCGAUUUAUCGAUUUAAUUGAUGAGGACAUACCAGAACAGCAAGAUAUGUGGUACAGAAAAAUUAAUUUUGAUCAUACAAGUAGAACUAAUAAAUUUUCUGAAUUCUGGAGCACUCUUAAAAUCCCUGAUAAUAUCCGAUCUUUACCAUUGGAAGAGAGGAAAAAAAUUCGUUCCAAAUAUGAUUUUGCUGUCAAUUAUCAUUUUAAUCGUAUUAUUAAAGAAUUACACAUGCAGGCCCUUGAUAUAAGCAGCAAACUGCAUCAUCUUCGCUUGGUCAGAUGGUCAGAAAUUGUUCAAUUUGCACCGAUAAUCGGUAUUACUAUGACAUAUGCACCAACAUUUCGUGAAAUAAUUCAGAAUUCGGGUUCAAGGAUUUGUAUCGUUGACGAAGCUUCAGACAUACCGGAAGCAGAAUUAAUGUCGACGUUGAGCUUAGACAAGCUCGAACACAUUAUUUUAAUAGGUGACAGACACAUGUCUAAGCCAGAUGUUAAAAGUGUGAUAGCUCAACGUGGUCACAGGAACGUAUCAUUGUUUGAACGAUGGAUGUUGAUUGGUGGGAAAUAUGUUGAAUUAACUCAACAAAGUCGUAUGCACCCUAAAAUUUAUAAACUUAUGAACGUUCUUUACAACUGUAAGCUGAACAUUGAUUCUCGGGCCAACAAUAUCCCAUCCAUUCCAGGUAUCGCAUCAAAUCUGUUUUUUAUGAGCCCUGAACGUAAUGACAAUGCUAACGAACAUGGGAUAAUACGAAAUGAGCAUGAGGCUGAAUUUGUUGCGAAUUUCGCCUUUUAUCUUUUUCAACAAGAGCAUAAUUUUGAUCCACAACGGAUUACGAUUUUAACCCCUUUUAAGGCGCAAAAACAAUUAAUUUGGAGUAAGCUAAAUCCUAAACUUAAACAGAAUUCUGUUAUAACUAUUCGCCCUCCACGGCGUGGUGAUAAUGGUGUACAAAAGACCUUGGGUAAAAUUAAAGUUAAAUUAAUUGACGAAUACCGAAAUGAAGAAAACGCGAUAGUCAUUCUAUCUUUAGUUGGUGUGGAAGAGUCAUUAUUUGAAAAGGCUAGGAAAAUUUUGGAUUCUAAAGAUAUGGCGGUUGUAUCGUUAUCUAGAGCAUUGCACGGUCUGUACAUUUUUUAUUUUGGUGACCUUCAAACGCUCGAGGAGAAAUCGAAUAUCUGGGGACCAGUAAUUAAAAAAGCAAAAGAAGGUGUUUAUUCAUUUUUAAGUCCUGAUCCUUAA